AUGCAAGGUAUAUCUCAAUUAGAGCAAAUUAUUUCAUCAAUAUCAGAAAACUAUUCCAAUGAUAGUUUAUCAUCAUCAUCUGCUAUGCAAUAUAUUAAUCCAAAUAUACCACGACCAUUUAUUUGGACUAUUUUAAUUGCUGUUUGUUUAUCAAUUAUUGUUAUAUUAACUGUUGUUGGAAAUAUUCUUGUUUUAAUUGCAUUAUGUUUCGAUUUUGCACUUCGUUCACCAACACAUUUAUUAAUGGGAAAUUUAGCAUGUGCUGAUUUAUUAUUAGGUAUUACAGUAUUACCAUUUUCUGCUACACUUGAAAUUCUCGAUGGCAAAUGGUUAUUUGGUCGAACAUUUUGUCAUCUAUGGAUUUCUAUUGAUGUUCUAUAUUGUACAGCAAGUAUAUAUGGCUUAAUGUUUAUUUCUAUUGAACGUUAUAUUGGUGUAACACGUCCAUUACGUUAUCCAAUAAUUAUUACACAUACACGUACAUUAAUAGCAAUAUUAAUUGCAUGGUUAAUAUCAAUUGUUGUGUCUGUUGCACCAUUUCUUAAUAAUUUUAAUGGAGUUGGAUCAAUUGAUCAAGGUUGUUCAGUUAAUGAAAAUAUACAAUAUGUAUUAUUUUCAUGUUCAUUUUCAUUUUAUAUACCUUUAAUUAUAAUUCUUUGUGUUUAUGGACGUAUUUAUGGUGAAGCUAUUCGGCAACAUGCAUUUUUAAGUGGUGGAGAAAAAAAAGUUCGUAUAAAUGAAACAGUUGGACAAGAAUGUGUAACAUUGCGUAUACAUAUACCACAACAUUUAGCAACAUCAACAACAUCAUUAUCAAAUACAAUGCAUUCCUCAACUACAACAUUAGCAACAAAUACUCGAAGACUUUCAGCAUUAAUAACAGGAAAUGCUUCAAAUAAAUUAUCGAAAUUUUUACGAGAACGAAAAGCUGCUAAAACAUUAGGAAUUGUUGUUGGAAUGUUUAUUUUAUGUUGGUUACCAUUUUUUCUUUUAUUACCUAUAAAAGCAUUGACAGGACGUGAUCCGGGUAUUAUAUUUUCUAUUUGUUUUUGGUUAGGUUAUUGUAAUUCAUGUUUCAAUCCAUUUAUUUAUGCAUUUUCAAGUCGAGAAUUUCGAAAAGCAUUUGAAAAUAUAUUAAAAUGUCAUCGUAAACCAUAUAUACGAACAUCAAUGAGUUUUUCUCGUAUAUCUGCAGCAACAGCAAUCGAUCAUACACAAUUAAAAAAAUCUCAUAGUUGUGAUAUAACAUCUGCACCAUUUUUUCGUAAAUCAGAUUCAACAAUAAGUUGUCGAACAUCAUGCGAUAGUCAAAAUCAUUUUAUUCAUUUAACAAAAAAUCGACUGUGUUUAGAUCGUCCACAAUUAUCCGUUUUUCAACGUUUAUCAUCUCCAAAUAGUUCAAAAUCAUUAACAACACUUCAUAAAACAAAUUCUUGGCAUCUUCAAGAGCCAACUUGUGUCAGAUAA